GGGAAACCAAAUAACCGGUACCCCGAGGUGACUACACCGAUCGACGAACACACCCCAUAGUUGAGGCCAUCAAACGCCGGCAUGGGCGUCGAAUCCACGCAGGCGAAGCGCGCCAUGGUGUUCGUGCCAUUUCCGGCGCAGGGCCACAUCACGCCGAUGAUCUACCUGGCGCGCGCCCUCGCGGUCCGCGGCGGCAUCACGGCCACCGUAGCGGUGCCUGACUUCGUCCAUCAUCGCAUGGGACGUCUGACCGAAGAUGCCUGCGGCGCCGAGCUGGCCCUCGUGCCCAUCCCAAGCGGCGUCCCGGACGACGGCAGAGGCGAACCGCCGGGCUUCGCCACCAUCGUGCACGCCAUGGAGCACCACAUGCCGGCCCACCUGGAGCGAAUCGUCAUGGGAGCAGGCCACGGCCGCGUGCCCUGCUCCUGCCUCGUCGUGGACGUCCUCGCGUCGUGGGCCGUAUCCGUGGCCGCGCGGUGCGACGUGCCCGCCGUGGGGUUCUGGCCGGUGAUGUUCGCGAGUUACCGCAUCGUGGCAGCCAUUCCGGCGCUCGUCAGCAAGGCCUUCAUCUCCGCUUCCGGCGCGCCACUGCCACCACCAUCGACAAACGGAGUCGACGACGAAGAUCAAGCCAACAAGCAUCAAAACAUUGGAGACCCGAUACUGCCCUCGAAGCUACAGCUGAGCACGAAAGAUCUGCCAUGGCUCGUCGGUGGCGCGGCAUCCCAGCAAUCCAGGUUCGCAUUCUGGAAGCGAACCGUGGACCGCGCGAAGCGCCUCCCCGCCAUCCUCGUCAACUCCUUCCCCGGCGAAGGCGCAGGCGACUCCGACCGGUAUGACCCGCCGCCGGGCCAGCGCAUCCUCCACGUCGGGCCACUCUUCAACGUCAACGUGUCGCUGGCUGCUGGUGCGGCGGAGAAUAACGGCUCGUCAUGCGUCCCGUUGGAGAAGCCGAACGCUGCAGCGGCCACCACCAUGUGGCAGGCGGACUCCACCUGCAUGGAUUGGCUGGACCGGCGCAGUCCCGGGUCGGUGGUCUACGUUUCCUUCGGAAGCUGGGUCGCGCCGAUCGGGCCGGAGAGGAUGGCCGAGUUCGCGCUCGGUUUGCAGGCCGCCGGCCGGCCGUUCCUCUGGGUUCUCAAGAACCACCCGUCGUGGCGAGCCGGCCUGCCCGACCGGUUCGUGGAGACCGUCGCCAGCAGCCGCGGCAUCGGCAAGAUAGUCCCGUGGGCGCCGCAGGAGGAAGUUCUCGGUCAUCACGCUGUAGGCUGCUACAUCACGCACUGCGGUUGGAACUCAACGCUGGAAGCCGUAAGGCACCGAGUCCGCAUGAUCUGCUACCCUAUCUCCGGUGACCAGUUCAUCAACUGCGCCUACAUCGUUAAGAUGUGGGAGGCUGGGAUGGCAAUGGACAGCACGGACCGGGAUGGUGUGAAGGACUGUAUUGAGAGGGUCAUGGAGGGCGAGGAGGGUAGGCGUUUGCAAGAGAAAGUGAAUGGGAUGGAGAAAGUCGUGGCAGGUGAGGCGCGGAGUAUUGCCAAGGGGAACCUCGACCUAUUCAUCAAUGGAAUCGAGAGCGGUGACGAUUGGGUAACAAAACUAUGAAGCCUUGCCUGGUACAUCACACACAUUGCUGGUGGGCUUGGGCUUGCAAGUGACCUUUCAUCUUGUAACGAGAAUAAGAAAGCAAGUAUUAACGGGUGUUUAGUUGUGUGCGUGGGAGAGUUGUCCAGGCCACGCAAACAUCUCCAGUCGAUUUCGGUCGCCUGCCUGGCCAGACAGCGCCCUUGAGGGCGUCGUGAUCUGCCUCACUAUCUCCAUUCUCCAAUAAUAUGCUUUGUACCGUCACUCAGUCAUCUAUAUCUCCAACAGUGUUCUAUCUCAUGCUCUAUACAUUAAAUAUUUAUAUUAUAGAUACAUUUUUCUUUA